AAUAAGUAUUGAAAGGGGGUGUCUGCUGCGUGGACGUGCGUAAUGAUACCAUGGUAACAUAAGCAGUCAACAAAUUGGCUACAAAGACACCAUCUUCCUUCACAAAACAAACGUGAUUCAAAAAGAGAACUAUAAUAUAAAACAAAAACAAAAAAGUUAUAAAACAAAGCCUUGGAUAAAAUUAUUGAAAAGUAACAAACCGAAAUGUCAGCAGUGCCUGUGGUAACGAUUUAUAAAAAUGGGGAUCUACAUUUCUUUGGAAAAAAGCUGGUAGUUAAUGUGAAAAGAAUUUCCACUUUUGAUAAUUUUCUGGAUAAAGUGACUCAAGACACGCAUGCAAGGGUUGCUAUUCGAAGACUAUGCACGCCUAACCAUGGAAGUAGGGUUGUUAAGUUAGAACAGUUACAGAAUGGAGGUAUCUACGUUGCAGUGGGCCAAGAAAAGUUUAAAAGGCUGAAAUAUGGGAAGUUACAACCUAUUCAUCAACAGAGAAUAAUAAAGCAGAAUGUUAAACCAGUGUUACGUAGCCGGUUACAUGCGUCUGCAAGGUACAAAAAAGUGGCACUGGCUGAACCUUUGCAGAACAGGAUUGUUUAUGUCCAUCGCAAUGGAGAACCAAAACAUCCAGGCUUAAAACUUUUGCUGGACAAAAGGAUAUUGCAAAGUAUGGAUACAGUUCUUCAAUAUAUAUCCAACAAAAUCAAAUUAAGAACAGGUGCUGUUCGUUGCUUGGUCACGAUGGAUGGUAUUGAAGUCAAAGAAACGAAAAAUAUUAAAACUGGUACCAGAUAUGUUGCUGUUGGAUACAAUCGACCGUUAAUAAAAGAUGUGUAUGAGAAUGGUCAAAAUUCAUUUAAUGUGACCCCAAAGAGAUCGACAUUGCCCAAGAAUUCUUCGAAAAACAAGUGUGACAAAGUUGUAUUUCGAAGGGGAUGCAAGGCUUACUUAAAAAAGCAAGGUAAUAAUAAAAAUGAAGACAAUAGCAAGCCAUGUUAUUAUGAAAACACCAUUGAUAAGAGUGGAGCUGAUGGUAAUUGCACUGGAAAAUUUAUGUCUUGCUUAACGAAUGAAAUAACGAAUGAACUAGAUAAAAGCAGAACUAACGAAGCUAUUCUAAAAGACGAUAAUAUGGUGGAGGAUGUGGUUGAUAUUUUUAAGGGAAAAGUAGAUGAUGGAGAAAAUGAUUCAAGCAUUAGUGCAUUUAAUGAUGCAGGAGAUGACGGAGAAAUUGACAGAAAAAAUGACUUAGAAAUUGAGGCAUGCAGUCAUGUAGAAAAUGUAGUGCGUAAUGCGACCUUCAAUAAAAACAAAAACAGAAAUGAUAAAAAAGGACGAAAAAAGAUUUUAAAAGGGUUUGGUACUAGUUACAGCAAACACAUAACUAAGGACACUGUUAGUUCUAAAAAACUGUCCACAAACUCAGACAGUUUGUCAAAUUUGUAUAGUAAAGCUGAAGGACAUGACUCUACAUUAAGUAGUGACACCGAAGAAAAAUUCGACUUUUUUGAAGAAGAUGAUAAGAAUGAAGCAACACCUACAGUAAAACCUGUGUCAAAUGAUACUGCUAUAGAAGUUCUAACCAGUGAUCAAAAUAAUCCUGUCCAUUCAGGUAAAUACAAGCACAGAGAUAAGCAACCAUCAUUGAUUGAAGACGAACCAACGGAACGAGAGACGACUGUAGAUCCUAUAUCACCAUCCUUUACUGCCACCCACAUGAAAGAGAUUUACAAGACACAAAAAGAAUUACGAAACACAAAAUCUCCAAAUGUUUUCGAUGCUAGUGGUACACAAGGUGAAAUUGCGGAGCCUGUCACAGAUAACCAAGGCUGCUGUUUACUAGAAGAAAUGUAAAUAAUUUUGUUAUGUGUAUUUUACUGAAUUGGUUGGCUAGCAAGCACUGAGUUGCAAAACUUGUAGCCAGGAAGAACUUGUAUAUUGGUAAGUGAUUUGCCCACCUGACCAUAGCACUUCGUUGGUUCUCUAAGGUGCAAAUGUGGCUACAUAAUUUUCAAAUGGUUAUGUCAUUCUAGGUGCCUGACUGAAGAAUUCUCAUUUACUGUACAUUAGGAACGAAAAUUUUCAGAUGGAAAAACUUUCGGAUUUUUUUUUUCCGAUAAUUUAUCCGUCCGAAAUUUGUGUCUGCCGAAAGUUUGUUUGUCCGAAAAUUUUGUUUUUUCUAAUUUUUUUAAAAAAGGACCAGGGCAUAAAAAUUAUAUAUAGGGUAAUCAGAAGAUCACAUUUGGCUAAGGCUCUAUCUAUAAAGUUGGAUCCGGAAGACCCUUUUUAGAUCUAGAUUGAAUAUAUUGACACUAUAAAUUCAUCUUUACUUUUUAAAUUUGGUUAAAAUUUGUUUAAAAGUUUUUUCGCCGAAACAUUUUCUCCCCAAAAUGUUAGUUCUUAAUGUAUCUUCAUAUCUAUGUCUGCAUUACUGCUUUUAUAUGAUGACCAAGAUUUUGCUGUAUGAAUACCAAAGUUGCUUUUGUAUUAUUAUUUUGCACAAAAUUUAUUUAAACAAUGGUUAACUGAAACUGAAUUCGUAUAUUUUGAACUCGCUGCUUGCAGUUAUAUUUAGCAACUGUUAUAUAGUUCAAAAGGCUUGAAGAAACCUUAGAUGAAAGAAAUUCUUCGAAAAAGUAUUUACCUUAAGUCUUUUAUGUUUUUACAUUUUGUUGCCUUAACAUUUUCAAAAACUGAUAAAUUCUGCUUUUUCUUUUUUCUCUAGAAGCUCACAUUUUAUUGCACACACAGGAUAUAAAAACAAGGGUUUUUUGUUUAAAACAUAAAUAAUCCAAAUGUUUUGUCAAAAGCAUUAUGCAGGUUUGAAAUGACAUGUGAUCUAUUUUGUUGAAUCAAUUAAUUGAAUCAUGCCUUAAUAGUUUAGAAAGAAUUGGUCAAUGACUCUACCAACAUCAAAGUAUUAUGUGCUAUCUUAAAAAAAAAUGUUUGGGAAUAAUCUUUUGAGGAAUUAUUUCGAAGAUUUUGGACAAAAAGUUCCACAAAAUCACACUUUUUAGAGCUCAUCAAAACUCUGCUGCUGUUCAAAAAACUCUUUUUAAUUCAUACAUAGUUAAAUGUUUGUUAUCAUUCUGCUUAUAAAAUAUUCAAAAUGCCAAACCAAAGAUUAAUUCAGUAUUCUCAUAAGAGCAUCCCUAAUCACAAAAAUAUAUCAUUAAAAAGAUGUUUCUUGCAAAUAAAUGUUUUGUUUACUGGCAUAAUUUUAGGUUGAAUCUUAUCAGACCUAAUUCUAAGGUUAGAAUUGCUUUUUAUAUUUUCUGAACCUGUGUCUUAGUCAAAAUUGAUAUGCUGUCAAAAACGGCUUAUCACAGUCUCUGAAAAGGGCUACAUUCUGGAACUCAGAAAGUAUGAUGAUAAUAGAACUUUUUGGGGCGCAAUUUUAUCAAACCAGUGUAAAACCAUAUCAUACUAAAUCUUAAGACAAUAUUUUAUUUUUUACUGAAGUUAUGGAACUUUCAACUCAAAGGACACUAUAUAUAUUACACUACCCGGUUUAGACUUAUUUGUUAUUUUUUUUUGUGUUUACUCCUUUGUAUUAGUAUUAAAAGUCUUAGAUAAUAUAUCACAGUGGCGAGCUGUUCAAUAUGUACCACUAUCUUCAGUGGAUCCUGGAUUUAACAUGCCAGAUUGACCGCUCAAUCAAAGUGUGACUUAAAAUAUGAUUGUGUUGGAUUUUUCUUAAAUUUCUUCAUAGCGUGUUAAAAAGGCCAAGCAAGAAUCAGUUUAACAAAAUCUUCUUCCCUUUUCUCUUCCUUAUAAUGCCUGUGUAAUUUUUUUAUGCCUCAUAUAAAUUAUCUUUUAUCGGAUUGGUCUAAAAGAACUCCAUAACAAGUCAAUAACUUUAUACCGAAGUUAUUACACUUUGAAUUUUCUUGAAUUAGCCGGAUAAAUGUGCAUUUAAUGAUAAAUUGCCUCUGACAGGUAACCUACUGGCUUUUUAUAUUUAUGGUAACCAAAACAUAUAAAGUAGUAAAACAUGCCCACUAACCACAACCUGAUAUAAAUAAGUUAAAACGUAAUGAUAUAUAUAUAUAUUUUGUAAAAAAACGUUUUCUACAUUUUGUGCAAAAUUAUUUUGUUUAUGAAGGACAUGGGUGCCACUAGGUCUGUCAGCUAGUAAUUUUAUGUAAUGUCAGCCUCUGCCUAAAGUUGCAAAUUAAACCUCGCCACUUGGAAACAAGUUGAUUUUCUUUCUAUUUGUUCUUAUCUUGAUAGUUUGCUAGGUAUAGUGUGCUAUCUAGCUACUUUUCUGUUUAUUGAACUAUGCCAGAUAUUGAAAUAUUUUCAUAUAAGCAGUAUUACUUUAUGAUGUUUUUUCUUUUGCUUUUGUAAUGCUUUUUAUUAUAUUUUUCACUUUUAAAAAACAUGCUACAGCUCCCCGCCCCCAAUGUUUUUUGUGACGCAAUAAUUAUGUGAUACCUAAAGCUUCUCAAACAUGGAUUGAAAUGAAUGGAUUUUCUUUGCUAAUUUUUCACAUUGACAAAGUUUGAGUUGUAAAUUUGAUUACUUUAUAGCUAUUUCAUCGUUUCAUGUGUCUAUGUUGACUUAAAAAUCUUUUGAAGGUUCAUUUAUUAUGCGAAAAAUUUCAUUGAUGACAAAACCAGCAGUUUCAAUUUUUGUUUCGUAAUUUCAAAGUGAUGUUUUUCGUUUGAAACUUCCUAUUGGUAAAAUCUGCUGUCUCUUUUGUUCUAAUUGAUUUUCUCAGAUCUUUGGCAUACUUGAUAUAAGUUUUGAUGUUAGCAAGAGACAUUUCAACGUUUUUGGCGAAUUCUGUUUCGAAUUUAGUUUCUCCUAUAUUCAAUUUGAUUUUGUUAGAAAGCGAACGCAAAUUUGACCUUUUAAUCUCGAUUUUUUCAACACAAACAUUAAUGUCCAAAGUAACGGCUGCAAUUGUAUCAAUUUCAUUCUCAUCAACAAAAAAACUUAUGUCAGCAAGUAAAGCAUUAAUUUCAACAAUUUUAUCAUUUGCCAUAUCUGACAGCAUUAAUGUUUUGGAGUAAAUUUGAAAGUUCGUUUAUUGAUUCGUCACACGUUGAUGCGAUUUCCUUUUUGUUUUUUUCGCCCGUAUUGUGCAAAAGUUUAUAAUCAAUGCUGGAUUGGACUCUUUUACUCAUAAAUUUCUGAAGAAAGAUUCGAAGUUUUAAAGAUUUGGUUAUUAGUUGUUUGGAUGUUAAGUUUUCGUAGGAUGGCAAAAAACCCGACAGAAAUGAAGGUUGAAGCUAAAAUAAUUACACAGAAAAUAUGAAAAUACAUAACAAAUGUAUACCAACUUUACAGGUCUUGAAUGGAUUGAACAUUGUUGAGUUAUUUUAAUCUUAUUGAAGAUAUUAUUUCGGUUUGUCUGUUCAGUAUUCAUAUUACUCUGGAAACCUUAUUAUUUCUUGAACAUGAUAGUUUAGUAGGCGACGUUUCAGGAGAUACUUUUCCCAUCAUCGGGCAUAGUAUAAUGUUGUUGAGGAUCGGAAUUCCUAAAAAUUACGAAUCAGGAACAAGCUGAUAAUUACAGUCAAUUACUGUAAUUACCGGUUAUUGUUAGAUCUUUAAUUGCCUCUUCCACUUUCGCAACUAUUUCUUUCUUUGGGAUUGAAGCUGGUGUCAUACAGAAAUUUAUUCCGUUAGAUAGAAGGUUUCUCUCUUCUGUCGUAAGUUGUCUGUCGGAAAGAUUUACAACCUAUUUGCUCUUGUCUACCUGCGUGGGGAUCAUCAUUGCAUCUGUCAUUGAUUUUGUUGAACUUUUUAAGGUGUCUAUCUCUAACCAAUCUCAUUUUUUUUUCAUACACGGUAUCGUAAAUAUUCUUGAUUUAGUGGUGUUGUCAAGAUCAGGUAUUUGGUGAUGUAGGGCGUUACGUGUUACAUGAUUUAGGUGGAUUCUUUGUUGCAACAACUGGCGAUUGCACGCUGUAAAGUUUUCUUACUUCUUUUAGUCUUUACUCUUUAGGUAAGUCGAAGAUCUUUAGGUUUUAUUUCGCUUGAGACACGAACAUAAGACACAAGUUACUUACGCAAUACAUCAUAAAAGAACAACGAAACAUGCACGUAACAUACAUAUUGAACACAAAACGAAUAUAUAAUAACAAAUAAAACACAAUGUCAACAAAAAAUCUAGUGGUAACUGUACAAAAGCAUACCCGAAAAGAUUCUUCCAGUUCUGAAUCAUCGCUUCUGUCCCUUUGCUCCCUGGCUCUGGUCUGCAAGAAAAGUAACUUAGCAGUUGGUUAUGUAACCGAGACACAAAUAGAUCUAUUUAACCCCAUUAACUUGGUCAUUUUUUUUAAUUGAGUUCUGGUGGUUUCGUGACGCCCAGUCUGCUAUUACAUUCAAUUUGCUGGGUAGGUAUUAUGCUGUAAUCAUGAUCUGUUUGCCCAACAGAUACGUCUGGAUUUCCUUUGAUACCUGUAAAAGCUCCUUACUUUAACCCUAUUCGGUCCGGGGCGGGGCGGGGCGGGGCGGGGCGGGGCGGCGUGACCCCCCCCCCCCCUUGACGGUUUUUUUGAUAACUCCUUAAUACUAUGUUGCAUAGCUACGAUACUUACUGAGUUUCAAUAAUUAUCUAUUAGACACCUGCAUGCCAAAUUUUUAGGUCCCAUACCUUUCAGAGGCUUUGAUAUUGGCUAUUACCCGAAACUACCCCUAAAAAUCUCUAUGAAACCCUUAUAAUGGGGAAAUAUAAUAAGUCUUGUUAGGAUUAUCCUUAGAACUUGAAACUUAUAACACAACUUUGUUUCAUCAAGAAGAAUCCUUCCGCAUCUUUUGGACACGUAAUUAGUCUGAUUUCCCGAUAUUUUCGGAUUUUACCCGAAAAUCAGAAAAAAAUGGAUUUUCGGGCUUUUUUUGGCAAUUUUUCAUGACAUCCAAAAAACCGGAAAAUAUGUUAAAAACAUUUAUUUAGCUGUCAGAAACUUCAAACAGAAUUUAAAAAGUUGCUCUAGAACUAAAGUAAUUGAAUUUUAAACAGACAGUGGCAUUUUAAAGAAAUUUCAAGCUUUUGAUGGCGUCGCAGAAAAUGUGCUGACGCAAGCAAAAAAUUACUGCUGCCAUUUUGUUCCUUUUGUGACGUACUAUAAGUGUGCUAAGUUUGAUUCAAUUUGGACAAGCCUGUGGAAAGUUAUUGAGGGAGGGGGGCGGAUUCCGCCAACCCCCCCCCCCCUCCCGGUCAUGAUAUGUUCGAAAAACCCUGGACCGAAUAGGGUUAAGUACUCCCUUUAAUCUUCUAAUCUUUAAUAAAUAACUUAGUGCUGUCAUGUUGUCCUUCCAGGUUCAUUAAGUUUAUUUGCUCUUGAUCAUGUGAGCAUUCAGAGAUAACUUCACCUGAUAAGGUUGUGUAUCCUCUUACUAUUGAUAAAAUGUUUUGAUCCUGGGUAAGAUGUUUCCAAUUGUGUAAAAAAUAUUUUAUUCUGCAAGCCAGGGGUACUUUUAGUAUCUACCUGGAAAACAACAUCCUUACUAUUGGAUAAACAUUGGUUAUGUUUACUGGAAUUAGACCUGGAAUGUUUAGAACUGGCGCAUGAAUAAAAUUUACCUGAUGAUGCGCCAAAGGGUUGUGUUAACAUCGCACCAAAUAGGCUGAUCGCCCUCUACCUUUGAUGACAGAUGGAGGGCCUCCUCGACAGGGUUUUUUGCUUGAAGAUCCAGGUGAUUUAGAUUGAGAAAUCAACUCUUUAUAUUUUUUCCUUUUCAUCGUGUUUGUCCAAUCAUCCUUAAAUCUCUUCCCAAGUAGUUCAUCACAAUUGUUGGCAAACAUUGUACCUUUAUCUUUCAAUACUUCCAAACCAAAGUUGUGAAAGCGUUCGAUCUCCGCUGAUACGAGAGAGAAUUAUAUAAUUGACCAAUAAGUGUAAUGGCUUUAUUUAGUAUACUCCUUAAAAUCAUCGAGUGUUAUCUCUACUCUUCGCCCUUUCGAGUUAAUUGCACUCUCGAGAUUAAGCCAUAUUUUUCAACCAAAAUAUGAACCCCCUGAUUCGCGUUUUUUUAACUUGGUAAAUUUUAGCGUAACGCCAUGUAAUAGAAAAGUCACCCGUACUUUGUGCGUUGUGGACUCACAUGGUCACUCACACAAGCGUAUUAUUAUAUAGAUAUUGACGUUAAAGUAGUAUUAUUGACGUCGCGCCGUAACGUUAGAAAUUUAACAUAUUAGACAUGCAUUUUUCGGCAAAGGAAAAUAAUGAAGACAUCCACUUUGCCUGUCACAGAGUCACAGAGACACGAGACUAGCGUAUUAUUAUAUAGACUAGUCGAUAAAUUCGUGGAGAAAUCCACUUAGGCAAAAGGACAAUAAAAAAAAGGUUGUUUUAGAUUAUUUUGUUGACGUCAGUAGUACAGAUACAAAAAACAUUGGUAAAAAUUAGUUCAUCCGUUGCCUGUAAUAAGUAGAGGUUGGGACGCUGAUCAAAAUAAUGUAUAGAAUCGUGUGCUUUUGGCGAAUGCCUAAAAAGAUAUAGGGGUUAAGAAUUUUGCUGACGUCAUCAAAUUCCAGUCAAAACACAAAAUUUCUGUUUUAGAAAUUUGUAUACUCGUUGCCUUUAUUGUAUAGAUCUUGGAACGCUAAUCAAGAAAAUGUAUAUGAUCAUGUGAUUUUGAUGAGCGGUUAAUGAGAUAUAAGGGUUUAAAAAUUUUGCUGACGACGUCAGCAAAGACCUGUCAAAAAAUGUUUUUAAAAUCUUACAUCAAAUGUCAAAUGUCAAAUUGCAAUAAAUCCUCCACACAAAUAAAGAACAGCUUGCAAGGUGCAAAAUGUAGUUGAUAAAAAGUUACAACAACGAUUCUCAAAACAUCUGCACUCACAACACCCACAAAACGGACAGUAAGAACACCGACAGUUACAACACAGACAGUCACAACAUGGAUAAUAACAAUGUUAGAAAUAACGCAUCUCAAAUAUGAAACCUCAGUAUUUUAUUCUGAAAUGUCAAAAGGAAGGCCUGCAAGAGUUAGCACAAAUCAACAAAAAUAAGUUCUCUACACAUUUUAAGUAUUGUCUUUCCCUUAAAAGCUUAUACAAAAAUAUGAAAAAGCCAUAGUUUGGAAACACAUAAUUUAAAUCUAGAAAAAUCAGUCAUUUUGGUUGCAUAACAUCCUCUCCCGCAAAAAUUUACACAAAAUGAAAAAAUCAACCAGUUAAGAACUCAAAAAUUUUCUUUUUUAAUAUGAUGAUCCAUACUGCCAUUUACUAACAAUUUUGAACCUAAAUGUCAAAAAAUCAAUAAGCAAAGAAUAAACUUGAAUCAACAAACAUUGUAUACGGUUCAUUAACAAAAGUUUACACAAAAUGUAAAACAGAUCGGUUUUUUAGAAGCACAUCUGAAUCAACAAAAAUAAUUUAAUUCAGCGUAUCGUAUAUUGCCAUUACCCAAUAAUCUUCCACAAAAAGGUUAUGAAACACAUCAAAAUUUAAAAAAAUCAGUCAUUUCAGUGCAUACAGUCCUCGCGUUUAGAUUAUAAAAUAUAAGAAACAAAAGCAGCUUCAGUCAUAAAUAAUUUUUUUAUCAUCAGCAAAUAUUUAUCCCUACAAAAUUUUGUAAAAUUCUCAAGAAAAACAAAAACGUGAAACCAUGGAAUUUUCUUCCAGCAAAAAUUACAUCACAUACAGUUAGUUCACGAAAUAUAAAGACAAAGUUGUUUAUAUAGCCUGAAGAUGUAGUUAGUGUACGAAAAGCUUAUAAAGAAAUACUUUUUAACUUUAAAACUCGUUUUAUUUUUAUCUUAAUUAGUAAACUAUGGCUGUAAAUUUUACCGAUAAAGACAUCAGCUUUACAACAGCUUACAGCGAAGUCUGAUUCUACAAAGAUUUGUUCUUUCAGUAUUUAUAUUGCAUGUGGUCUAUUUCAACAAAAGUUUACACAAAAUUUCAAAAAACACCAUUCUGCAACACGAACAAUAUGAACUGACAACCAUACCAUCCUCUUAUAAUUUUUUUAACCCAAAGUCAUAAACCCACGUAUAUAAAUUUCCAAUCAAAUGUCAAAAACCCCUGUAAAAAACCUGGCAUUUUACAUGUAGGCUGACAAAAGUCAGGAUGAGAAGAGAAAACAAUGAAAAAUAACUUAAACACACACCCUUUAAAUUCUAUAAAAUUCGUUCCACUUGUCAUAUUGUGGUCCUCAGUUUACAGAAAAUGUGAAAAAAACUAUACUCUAUGGGCAUUAACAAUGAGUCACACUAUUCUUAAAGUUCAAGAAAAAUUUUGUAGCUAGCUUGCUACAUCAUAAUUUGUGUUCAAAAAAAAAGAAUAGUUUGACUACUAAGGUAGCUAUAAAUGCUUAAAAAAGAGGAAUAACAACAUAACUUAUAGGUUAGAGCUAACUAUGGUAUGGACCCUUCUUGAAGCUAACAUUAGCUAGCUAACAGUAGCUAGGACACCCAGUUAAAUAUACUUUAAGCUGGGGAGAUUUAGCUACGUCUAUAGCUAGCCAUUUAUGCUUAGUAAAACACAUAUAAAGGAAAACAAAAGCAAUGUAAAAAUUAUGACAUUUGCAUUUAGUUCAACAAACCAAAAUUUUCUAUUUCGCUAGCACAUUGUAGCCAGCUAACAGCUUUAUGUAGCAUUUUGAAUUUUAGAACUUAUACAUUAGUUAAGCACCAGGAGAUACAUUAAUUAUGCAAAAAAUAAAAAACAAAUAUGCUAGCUUCUUUAUAAAAAACGCGGUAAACUUUAAGAAUUUGAAGUUAAAUGGAUUUUUUUUGAGAAUACGAUUCUCCUUGACAAUUUUAAGUAUCCUACAUAUAAAAACAGAACGUUUAAAAAUAUCAAAGUUCUUACCUUUUCUGAAUUCCAAAUCACUUGAACUUGAAACUCUACCAUUCAUAUUCUACUUCUAACUUUACUUUACUACUUCCUCCGAAGUAACUUAUUGUGGCUUCCAACUUCACUUUUCUACUUUUACUUCUACUUCUUCACUUGGACUUUUCUUCUUUCUCAUAUAUUCUUUUUUAAAACACUUUAACAUUUCACUUUUUGCACUUUUUUAAAGACGAAGGGACUGUUCUUUUGUUGUUGUUUUGUGUGUCGAUGGUAACCCUGUUCCAAAUUAUAUGAUUUUUUAAUCCACUCCACUUCUUCACUUUGACUUUCCUUGCUCUUAAUAUCUGCACUUUUUUAUGACUAAGAGAUCGUCGAAAAUAAGACAUUUUUUAUCCGCUUCUUUAGUUCGCCUUUUGUCGAGAACUUUGUCGAGAGAUUUUUAUGUUUGUUUGUUUUUACGCCAAGGAAACUUUCUAUUCGAAUGCCGUCCCGCUCGAAAGUACGUAUUUGAGCGAAUCAUAUUGCUUAUUUUCUAUCACGUGGUUUCUAACGGUUGCGAGAGAAAUGUAAACAAAAAAACUCGACAAACUCGUGCAUUUGGGUGGUAAAAAAUAUCGUCUUUGUAACAGUCACAGACAGACAGACAAACGGAACUGGCGUAUUAUUAUAGAGAAGUCGUUAGCCCGUGGAAAAAUCCACCGGUUCACCCUUCCUUUAAAUUCACCUGUCGCAACAAAGUGGACAAAAAUAUAUCGCAUUUGGUAUUGGUGCGCAUUAUAAAAAUUCGUGAUUCCGUUACGGGACGCGGCUCUUGCGGACACACAGACAAAACACGGCUAUUAUUAAAGAGAAGUCGUUAGCCCGUGGAAAAACCCACGGGUUCGCCCGUCCUUUAAAUUCACCUGUCGCAACAAACUGGACAAAAAUAUAUCGCAUUUGGUAUUAGUGCGCAUUAUAAAAAUUUCGUGAUUUCGUUACGGGACGCAGCUCUCGCGGACACAUAGACAAAAUACGGCUAUUAUUAAAGAGAUCGUCUUUAGCCCGUGGAAAAAUCCACGGGGUCGCCCGUCCUUUAAAUUAACCCGUUGCAACAAAGUGGACAAAAAUAUAUCGCAUUUGGUUUUGUGCGCAGUUUAAAAAUUUCGUGUUUUCGUUACGGGACGCGGCUUUCGCAGACACACAGACAAAAUACCGCUAUUAUUAAAGAGAUUAGUCGAUAAAGCCCGUGGAAAAAUCCACUGAGACAGGAUAAAAACGAAAAAGAAGCGUUAUUUGAAUUUUGAUGACGUCAGCAACCCAUCUGCAAAAAAAUUAGAACCUUAUUUUUACGUUGCCUCUAAAAGCGCUGAUCAAAAAAUGUAUGUAAUCACGUGCUUUUGAUGAAUGGUUAAUGAGGUAAGGGUUUAGAAAUUUUGCUGACGUCAGCAAUGUCCCGUGAAAACCCAAAAAAUUGUUUUAGAACUUUGUAUACCUAUUGCCUUCAUUGUAUAGAUCUUAAAACGCUGAUCAAGAAAAUGUAUAGGAUCGUGUACUUUUGACAAACGGUUGAAGAGUUAUUAGGGUUUCAAGAAUUUUUGAUGGCGUCAUCAACCCGUCCAUUCCGAAACGGAUUCGACACACUCAGCGUAUUAUUAUAUACUAACUGAAUUCCCGUGGAAGAAUCCACUGAAUCUCUCAUGAAACCGAUGUAAGGGAUAACAAACAAAAACAUACAACACAAUAAUAUAAAUUUUUAAAACUUACAUAUCAACCUCGACCCGGGGUCUUUGUCUCUUUUAUAACGGGAUGGCAAAAAAAGAAAAGGCCCUGGGAUCGAGGUUGCUCACAAUCUGUAUUAUUCUACGUUUAUAACCGCUGAAACAAAACGUCUGUGCAACAACAACCAAAAAAAUGUAUUAAAUAAAAAAGGAAAAUGUCCAAAAAAAUCAAAGGUGUCUAACAACCGUUAAAACCAAAUACGCUAAAACUAUAUACUUUUUUUGCCAUUCCAGAAGUACACCAGGGAAAAAAACAGAAUACCAAACAUUAAAAAAAAUCCAAUAUUUUUGGUUAAGUCAUACAAAAUCAGCUAUUCAGUCUAUUGCAUACGGCAAACCUUUGAAAACACAUAAAAGAGAUAUAUAAAAAUUUGAAUCAUUCGGUAUUUUGUAUAUCUACCUAAAUAUUUCAAUCCAAAAUAUUAAAAGAACAGACCCAAACUUAUAAUCAAGAAAAUCACGCAUAAAAUCAAAGAAGAUAACAAUUCAGUGUUUUCGAAUUUAAGAAUCGAAAAUAUUUCAAACGGCAACGUAACAGAUGUAAACAUUGAUUUAAGUUUAGGUUUUAUGUUUAGGUUUUUUAUAACGAAAUCAACACUGAAUUACAAGAACAGUAACAACGGAAAAAUUACUUUUUACAGUUUAUGUAAAUUCUUAUCUAGGAUAUACACACUGUUUUAAUAAGAAUAGUGGGUUUCAGUUUAAGCCUGAUGUUCUUAACAUUUUUUACAAAUGCUAUCCUCAUUAUUCUCAUUAUUCAGGCUAUAGUCAUGAUAAGAACAUAUUCUUAUCAUGACUAUAGCCUGAAAAUAUAUAAUGCCUUAAUAAAAUAAAGCAUGUUAUAAGUUAUUAUAGCUAGCUAAUGGCAAUUUCUACUACAUGUAACGGUCUAUUGCUUGGACACAAAAAAGUUCAGUUCGUUUGAUAUACAAUAAAAAAAGUUAUCUUCUAAUCAAUUUUGUUCGUCAUACAAAUGUUCAUAUUUAAAACAAAAUAUCAAGCUUAGACAUAUUCCUAGGAUAUUCUAAACUUCUGACCCAUUUUUCAGAGUAUAUAUAUCUUGCAAAAUAAGUGCUUAAAGAAAAUAUUUUCCGGCGCAAGACACAACAACGAACUUAAUAUUUAAGGAAAAAUUUAGCUCUGAAAGAAACGGCUAAAAUAUCGUUAUACACCCAAAUUCAUUUCUCUCCUAAAUAAUCUAAACAACACACCUGCUUUUUUUCUUCCGCUUUCUCAGUAGGUAGCUUGCUAGCGUUCUCUGGAUGAAAGUUCAAUCAGUUUUUUACUUCGACUACUAAACUUCGCUUCAUAAAUUGGAUUACAAUUAUUUGAUACAUUUUCAAUCAAUUUUUUGUAAUGUUAUAUCAUCGUACAUUCUUUAUUUUUUUAAAAAAAGUAUUUCUAACUUACAACAGCAACUUCGUUCGACAACAACAGUUUCUUCUUUUACAUUUUAGAUUUGAAGUACAUUCAUAUUCGAAUUUGAUAGAUUUUUUAUAAAAGGAAGCAACCUCGGUCCCAGAACACAAAAAUGAGGUUUAAUCUAACCUCAUGAUGAGUAAACAUUGUUUGAAAUAACUUUGAAAAGAGACAACAUUCUUUGCUUUGGUUUUCUUUUUUCAGUUGAUAAACUUUGUUUCCGUGAGAUACGGCGCGCACAUGGUAAACCAGAGGUAAAAUUAAAAUAUUCUAUCUAUAACGAUCAACGGGGCAUUUAAAACAGAAUACAAAUAAAGACAUUUAAAAAUAAAAUAAAAAUUAGCUUUAAUAAAAUAAAAAAAAAGAGUUUUACUUUUUAAAGUAAUAAGAAAAGAGAACUAAAUUUUUAAAUAAUAACCCCCUGAUUCGCGUUUUUUUUAACUAAGUAAAUUUGAGCGUAACGCCAUGUCGCGAGAAAGUCGUGGACUCACAUGGUCACUCACACAAGCGUAUUAUUAUAUAGACUAGUCGAUAAAGCCCGUGGAAAAAUCCACAAAAGCAGGAUAAAAAUUUUGAUGUUAAUGAGAUAUAAGAAUUUAAAGAUUUUGCUGACGUCAGCAAUGGCCCCGUCGAAACCGAUAAAUUUUUUUUAGAAAUUUGUAUACCUGUUGCCUCUAUCGUAUAGAUCUUGAAACGCUGAUCAAGAAAAUGUAUAGGAUUAUGUACUUUUGACAAACGGUUGCAGAGAUAUUAGGGUUUAAAGGUUUUUUGAUGACGUCAUCAACCCACCCAUUCUGAAACGGAUUUGGGGACCGAGGUUUGGGAAACUUACCCAAAUUGGUCCUAGGUGGUCCCUAGUUACCCACGCAGGAGAUGACGUCAGUUAUUUCCACCCGUUUCCAAGUUAUUAAGCCUUAAAUUUAAAAGUGCAAUGCAAUGGCUUCACUAAUCUUAAUAUACUUUCCUUUGACGUCAAUAUUGCUUUAACGUCAAAGUUUGCUAAUUUACAGAACAAAUUUAUAGGCGAUGUUUUAUAGACUUUAUCAAAGAAAUUUUAUCCACUUUGCAAAAGUGACAGACAGACACACGGAACUGGCGUAUUAUUAUAUAGACUAGUCGAUUAGGCCCGUGGAAAAAUCCACUUAGGCAGAAAAACAAUUGAAAAGUUCUGUCAUUUGAAUUUUGAUGACAUCAGCAAAUAUUUCAGUAUAUUGAAUAUGCCUUUUACUAAAAAAAAUAAUCUGAAAAUGCAUAAAAAGAAAGUAUAUAAGUCAUAAUUUAACAAAAAAGUUCUUAAAAUCUAACACAAAAUAUCAAAUGUCAAAUCGCAUGAAAUCCUCCCAACAAAACUUCAGACAAAAUAUGAAAAACAACGGCGUGCAAGGUGUAAAAUCUAGUUAGUAGAAAGUUACAACAUUGACAGUCACAACCCAGACAGUUACGACAACAAUAAUAAUAAUGUCAGAAAUAACACAUAUCUCAAAUAUGUAUACAUCUUAUUAUGUGAUUAUGUUGAAAACCUUCAAUAUUUUAAUCUAAAGUGUCGAAAAGAAAGGCUUGCAACAGUAAGCACAGAUCUAUGAAAUAAGUUCUUUACGCAUUUUAAACAAUAUCAAAAAGCCAAACUUAAACAAACACAAAACACCUAAAAACAAAAAGUUAAACUUUGAAAAAUCAUUUAUUCGGUUGCAUACCGUCCUCUCCCGCAAAAAUAUGCACAAAAUGUAAAAAUUAACCGGUUAACAAAACAAUUUUUUGUCUAAUGAUCCGUACUGACUUUACCAAACAUUUUAACCUGAAAUGUCGAAAAAGCAAUAUGCAAGGAGUAAAUUUCAAAUCAACAAAAAUCAUUAUUUUGAAAACAUUGUAUAUAUAUAUGGUCCUUCCUCACAAAAGUUUACAAUAAAUGUAGAACACAAAGGUUUAUGAGGAGCAAAUCAAAAUAUGAACAAAAAUCAGUUCAAUUGGCAUGUUCUAUAUUGUCUUCAGCCAUAAAAUCUUCCACAAAAUUGAUAUGAAACCCAUCAAAUUCAACUCAGAAAAAGCAGUCAUUUAAGUGCAUACAAAAAUACAACUUGUAGAAUAUCAAAUUAUUAUUUUUAGUAUAUAUAAUUGCAUAUGGUCCUCCCUCACAACAGUUAAAUUUUUGCACUAAAUUUGCAACACAAAAUACAAAUUCUAAAUAAUUCCUAUGGUUUUCCUCAAAAGUUUAAUCAAAAUAUAAAAGAUGAGAGGUGAACGACAAAAUCAAAGUUUGCAGAAUUUAAUUAUUUUGGUAUAUAUAUGUCUAUUGAUAUAUGCCCUUUAUAACAAUAUUUCAAUCCAAAAUUUGAAAAAGAAAAACAGUUUGCAACAAAAUCAGUUAUUCUGAUGAUAUUGCAUACACUUUUUCUCCACAAAAGUGUAAAAAAAGAAUGGUUGUAGGAAAUACUUCUGAUUCAACAAAAAUCAGUAUUUGCAUCUUGUACUCAUUAAAUAUUACCCAAAAUUUCAAAAAACUGUGAUUUGGAACGCAUCAAAUUUAAAAAUAGAGAGGGAUCAGUCAUUUCGGUAUGUUGUACAGAGUCCUGCCUGGUAAGAAUUUAAACAAAAUAUAAAAAAAACACAAGUUUUUUCGGUGUUGUACUCCCUCAAAAAAGUUGAAACUUUUCUUAAUUGAGACAAAAUGCCAUAAACAAAAACAUUUUAGUCAGAACAUCUAGAACAACAAAAAUCACUACACUUAAGGUACCAGAAUUACUACACGUUAAAUAAAAAUCGUUUCGUCAUAUUGCAUGUAACCGAUGUAUAUAAGUUUAACACAAAAUGUGAAAAAUACAUUAUUUGCAUACACAAAUUGUGAAAAAUACAUUAUUUGCUUAAAAACAGUCCUUAAACUCUUCUUAAAUAUUAUGUAAUACUUUUUUAAAAGUUGUUGUGGCUUGUUAAUUUAAGCUUAAAAUGUCAAUUAAAAUAAGUUACAGUCACAUUCUUAGCAAAGACCACUAAGAUUAGCUUACAUGUAAAAAGCAACAUAAAACUGAAGCUAACAUAAGGUAGCUACAGCAGCUAAUAGCUGGUCACUUAAAUAUAAACUGGAGACUUAGCUAGGUAUAAAGAACAUGGCUACAUAUUUAUAAAUUCCUAGCUACCUAGCUAGUUGUUGUUGGUGUGGUUGAUGCUAGCUAACAAACAUGUCUCGCAUCAAUAAUAUCAUCAAAACUUUAAAAAACAUAAACAAACCUUACAGAAACCUUUCUAUACUUCAUUUAUAUACCAUGCCCCUUUUUAAAUGCUUUUGUAAAGAUUUAUUUUGAAGGCAAGAGAAGACAAAUGCUUAAAAAGGACAGCCAUCUUUUUUGCAAACACAAUUUCCGUUACUUUGUGCUAGAACUUCAUUUAACAAACCACACAAAACUCGCGGCUUUUCACGACAAAGAAGACAUAUUUUUUUCGGCAACAUCAAAGAUUUUUUUCGGCAACAUCAAAGGAAAAUGACGAUAUCAACUUUGCCUGUUACAGACACACGGAACUGGCGUAUUAUUAUAUAGACUAGUCGAUAAGGCCCGUGGAAAAAUCCACUGAGGCAGUAUAAAAAUGAAAAAGAAGCCUUAUUUGAAUUUUGAUGACGUCAUCAACCCAUCCACAAAAAAAUAAUUCAGAAGCUUGUCUAUUGUGUAGAUCUUAAACUGCUGAUCCGGAAAAUGUAUAUGAUCAUGUGCUUUUGAUGAGCAGUUAAUGAGAUAUAAAGGGUUUAAAAAGUUUGCUGACGUCAGCAAAGACUUGCUAAAAUACUAAAAUAAUUUUUUUAGAAAUUUGUAUACAUGUUGCUUUCAUCGCAUAGAUCUUGAAACGCUGAUCAAGAAAAUGUACAGGAUCAUGUACUUUUGACAAACGGUUGCAGAGAUAUUAGAGUUUGAAGAUUUUUUGAUGACGUCAUCAAACCGUCCAGUCCGAAACGGAUUUGGGGACCUAGGUUUGGGGAACUUACCCAAAUUGGUCCUAGGUGGUCCCUAGUUACCCACGCGGUAAAAAAUCAUUGACGUCACCAACUCGUUUCCAAGUUAUUUGGCCUUAAAGUUUUAAGUGCACUGUAAUGGCUUCAUUAAUUUAAUAUAUAAGAUAUUGACGUUAAAAGAUAUUGACAAAAAAACUCGAAAAAACUCGCGCAUUCGAGUGGUAAAAAAUAUCGUCUUUGCAAAAGUCACAGGCAGACAGAACUGGCGUAUUAUUAUAUAGACUAGUCGAUAAAGACCCGUGGAGAAAUCCACUUAGGCAAUAGGACAUUGAAAAUGUUGGUUUGCUGUCGUCAGCAUUGCAAAUCCAAAAAAAAAAAAAAAAAAUGGCGAAAUUUAGUUUAUUCGUUGCCUGUAACGUGUAGAGGUUGAAACGCUGAUCAAAAUAAUAUAGGAUCAUAACUUUUCUACGAACAACAAAAGACAUAAAAGGUUUUUAAAAUUUUGCUGACGUCAGCAAUGGCCCGUUAAAACGCAAAAAAAAAAUUUCAGAAAUUUAUAUCCCUGUUACCUUCAUCGUAUAGACCUUGAAACGAUGAUCAAGAAAAUGUAUAGGAUAUCUUUGACAAACCGUUGCAGAGAUAUUAGGGUUUAAAGAUUUUUUAAUGACGUCAUCAACCCGUCCAUUCCAAAACGGAUUCGGGGACCCAGGUUUGGGAAACUUACCCAAAUUGGUCCAAGGUGGUCCCUAGUUACCCACGCGGUGAAAAAUCAUUGACGUCACCAACUCGUUUCCAAGUUAUUUAGCCUCAAAGUUUUAGGUGCACUGUAAUGGCUUCAUUAAUUUAAUAUAGGAUAUUGACGUUAAAGUGGUGUUAUUGACGUCGCACCGUAAUGUCUGAAUAUUUACCAUAUUAGACAUGCAUUUUUCGGCAAUAUCAAAGGAAAAUGAAGACAUCCACUUUGCCUGUCACAGAGACACGGAACUGGCGUAUUAUUAUAUAGACUAGUCGAUUAGGCCCGUGGAAAAAUCCACUUAGGCAGAAAAACAAUUGAAAAGUUCUGUCAUUUGAAUUUUGAUGACAUCAGCAAAUAUUUCAGUAUAUUGAAUAUGCCUUUUACUAAAAAAAAUAAUCUGAAAAUGCAUAAAAAGGAACUAUAUAAGUCAUAAUUUAACAAAAAAGUUAUUAAAAUCUAACACAAAAUAUCAAAUGUCAAAUCGCAUGAAAUCCUCCCAACAAAACUUCAGACAAAAUAUGAAAACAACGGCGUGCGGUGUAAAAUCUAGUUAGUAGAAAGUUACAACAUUGACAGUCACAACCCAGACAGUUACGACAACAAUAAUAAUAAUGUCAGAAAUAACACAUAUCUCAAAUAUGUAUACAUCUUAUUAUGUGAUUAUGUUGAAAACCUUCAAUAUUUUAAUCUGAAGUGUCGAAAAGAAAGGCUUGCAACAGUAAAGCUAAGGCGCCACGAGGAACAUUUUCAUGCGCGUGCUAUGCAACAUUGCUGCAUAGCACGCGCAUAAAAAAAAUUACUCGUGUCCCAUGCCUAUUUUUCACUGCAAUGCAGCAAAAAAAUGUUGCAUGGAGCAAACAUUUUGCUCCACAACUUCGGGGACAAAAUAGAUCUGAAUCUAUUUUGCUCCCGUGCUCCGGGGACAAAAUGUGCUGAAAAAUUUGUUGUGGAGCAAAUGUUGCACGUGUCCCCACCUUCUGCAACAAAUAUUUUACAAAAUUAUUUGAGGCAUUAUUUUAUUGACCAAUCAAAUCACAGAAAGAUAUAAACAAGUUUUUUUCUUGAGAAGUUGAACUGCAAGUGAAGAGUAGCUAGUGAGAAAAUAGCGAAAAUGGCGGAUGAAAAGAAAAAACUAUCAGACGAGGAGAAAGUUACUUUAAUAAACUUUUAUAAAGCGAACCCAACGUUAUGGGACAGUGGGAAUAUAUAUUACAAAAAUAAAGACAAAAAAGAAGCGGCGAAAAUAGACCUUGUCACUGAAUUUGAGGGGGCGUAUAGCUGUGAUUUUCUAGAAAAAGCAUUCCAUUCUCUUCGUUCAUCGAUGCUCCGUGAAGUUAAACGUAAUGCUGGAAGCGAAGUUCCAUCGAAAAAGUGGAAGUUUUAUGAACAAAUGGAGUUUAUCGUAACUGAUCUUUCAAAAGAAAAGAAAAAAGCGCAACUUUCGUCCGACGAGUUGGAAGAAUUGAUUGAUUUUUAUCGUGAAAAUCCCGCGCUUUGGAACCACACUCUACAAGAUUAUAGAGACAGAGUGUUGCGCGAAGCUCUGAUGGUCAAACUGAGUGAGCGUUUUGAUGGGAAGUAUACCGUAAACGAGCUCAAAACGUCAUGGCAUAACGCAUUGACAAAGUAUUGAAGUGAGCGCAAUAGGGAGAUUGGAUCAAGAUCCUCUGGUGCAGGUGUAAACGAAGCAUAUUUUUCUACCUGGGACCAUUAUAAUCAAAUGGAUUUCGUUGAGAUUACUUGCGAUAUGGAUGAGACCGUCGAUACAAUGAACGAGGAUGAACCACGUACCCCUGCUCCUAAAAAACGACGGGAGAAGAAGAUGACGGAGGAGCAGUGUGCCAAAGCCGAACUGUGGAAAGCGUUGACAACUUCCAUCACACAAAGGGCUGAUCACCAUGAAAUCCGGCCGCAACAAGCUUCUACAUAUGGAUGCGAAGCGCAAUCUGCUGUCGAAAAACGUGCCCAAAUUUUUGGAAGUACAGUGGCCGACAGUUUGGUCCAGUGCGAACUAAAAGAUUGGCCAAGGUUGAAGAAAAAAAUCAUGGAUAUUUUUUUCGAGUAUGAAGAGCAGAAACAACACCAAUCUAUGCCUACCAACCAUCAUGCUCGUAUGUUCGCAGCUUCAACGUUUACUCCAUACACCCCAUCAUAUCCCAUGGCAAAUACAUAUACUGGUAUGCUGCAAUCGCCACCUCUACCUUCUCAAAAUCAGCCGUAUUCACCCGCAAAUUCAUCCUGUUCGAACGAUACGUUUUGAUACGUUACGUUAUGGUUGGCAGACAUUUUCUGGAGUAAAAUAAAUCAGAAAAAUAUAUUAAACGUUCAGUAAAUCUUAUCAUUUUUUAUUUAUCCUCGCAAAAAAUAAAAUUAAAUGUCAACUCUAGCGCAAUGCCACUGCCAGCGUACAGCACCUUCCAUUACGAAAUACUCCGUGAACUCGUCUCUUAUUGCUUUGGCUUGAUUACUAGAUCGAUUGCCGUAAAUGUCAUUGGACAGUGAAAACCAUGUGCCAGUAGGAGUAUGUUCUCUCCAAGCACCUUCGAUAAUUUCACCACGCUCAUUCUCUCGGUCGACAAGACCAAUUGGUAGCUCAAUUUUGCCCACAGAACUUUUGCUCCUCUGCCAGUUAUGCAAUGCCACUGUUGCCAUUGUGAUGGUAGAAACCUUUUCUGGUUCUAAGUUUAUAGGUCGACGAAAAAUGCGCCACCGAUUUGCCAAUAUCCCAAAUCCGUUUUCAGAAAUUCUUCUCUUUCGUGACAGUCGAUAAUUGAAGAUGCGUUUGUUUACUGUCAGAUUUUUUUGUGGAUAA